CGCUCCCCUCCUUGGCGAGGCCACCGGGAGCGAUCGGCUCCCCUCCUUGGCUCGGCCGGGGAGCGAAACCUGAGAGAGUUUGCCCAGGGGCGAGGAGGUAGGCUUGGCUCGGGCUUCGUUUUGGCCGCAGUCCCUGCGGAAAGACAGGAGCGCAGAGGCGCUGAGCGAGGGCAGGCAGGCGGCUCCUGCAGUGGCCGACGGAGCAGCCCUCUCUGCCGCAGCGACCAGCAGCAGCGGGCGCCUCUCCGCCGGCUCCCGUCCGCGCCGUCGAACCGGCUUCUCUUCCGCCAUGGAGGGCUCCUCUUCGCCGCCGCCGCCGCCGCCGCCCGCCUACUCCCCCGCCAUGGAGGGCUCCUCUUCGCCGCCGCCCCCCUAUUCGGACCUCAAGCGGGGCCUGGGGAAGAGCGGCAGCGGCGCCCAGCUCCAGCUGGACGGCGACGAGGAGGCGCCCGGGGUCCAGGCGCCCCAGAACUACCUGUGGCUCAGCAUCCUGUCCUGCUUCUGCCCGUCUUACCCCAUCAACAUUGUGGCCUUCGUCUUCUCGGUGAUGGCAUUAAACAGUUAUACACAAGGAGAUAUAGAAGGGUCGAAAAGACUAGGCCGCACUGCGUUACUGGUUGCCGUGGCAGCUAUCCUGAUCGGCCUUGUGAUGAUUGGAAUCCUUUGUAUAGUCCAUUUCACUACGCACGUCAUCUGAAAUCCAAGACUUUUGGAUGGGAAGGGUUGCCAUCUCCAAACCUCUGGGAAAGGCACAGGGAAUCUCCGGCAAAGAAGAAACAUCGUCAUAAUUGAUCCUUCGAGUCCAGAUGGUUUGAUUUAAUCCUACGAGCCGCGCUCGAGGCAGGUCACUGGUCAGCAAGACUAUUAAGCCAUUGUUGGCCCAUGCGGUGCCGCGAGAACUGAAAUGGGCCUCAACCUAAAGAAAAGCAUUUCUUCAGGAAUGCCGUUGUAGAGAAAAGCUUCCUCUCCUGGUUCCGAUCCCACUACCCUGCGCUGCCUCUCUUUUUAUGUAUAUCAGAGGCGUGCUCUCUGCCUGCAGUGCACCCCCCUCCCCAUAUUGUAGGCAUUUGCACCCAACUCUUGUGAGGAAUGCUCCCCAGGACAAGAGGUGCUCUCCGGCUGAGCUCUCUGGAUCGGCUACAGAUGGAAGGGCUGAGCUGGAGGGAGCCGGACAAAGUGGGCAGCCAACCUGCUAUUUUCGGGGACUUCCCCGUCAGGUUCUCAGACCCAUUUGCCACUUCUCAGGAUGCAAAGAUGUCCCACCGGGCGUCCUCAACCUGCUGCAUCUCCACCCUCUCCGCAGUGGCAGAAUUAUCAUUUUGGGUUUUGUCCGUCUCUACUCGCAACAUGGAGAGAGGUCAAAUUUUGAAGGCUGCCCCAAGUCUCAGCGCUUUUCCCCCAUCCAUGAGCCGGCUUGCCAUUCUCUCUUCACAUAGGAAGCUGCCUUAUUGGUCCAUCUAGCUCAGUACUGUCUGCACUGACUGGCAGCAGCUCUCCAGGUUUUCAGAGAGGGAGUCUUUCCUAGCCCUGCCUGGAGAUGCCACUGGAGACUGAACCGGGGACCUUCUGCAUGCAAAGCAGGUGCUCUGCUACUGAGCCAGAGCCCUUCGCCUCCCUUCCCAAGCUGCCUUCACUCCAGCCCAGCUGUAAGGAAAUUCCCUUUCCCCCCUGUCCCUCUGGAACAGGCUGCUGUUGCUUCUUUUGCAGGAAUGUUUUGCAAUCUCUUUCUGCAGCGUCCCAUUUGUUUGAUCAUACCUCUGCUAUAUGUUUGUGCUUGUCCAGCUGUGAAUUGUAUGAGACCAUAUGAUACUCGAUAACAGAGGCAGCUGGUGACUCCAAGUCAGUGGGGCAGUGGAAUCCACUCCGGGUUUUAGUCUGAACUUACAUAGAAUCAUAGAAUAGUAGAGCUGGAAGGGGCCUAUAAGGCCAUUGAGUCCAACCCCCUGUUCAAUGCAGAAAUCCAACUUAAAGCAUACCCAACAGGUGGCUGUACAGGUGUCUCUUGAAGGCCUCAAGUGCCAGAGAGCCCACCACCUCCCUAGGUCAUUGGUUCCAUUGUUGAACUGCUCUAAAAGGAAGUUUUUUCUUGAUGUUCAGUUGAAAUCUGGAUUCUUGUAACUUGAGCCCAUUAUUCAGUGUCCUGCACUCUGGGAUGAUUGAGAAGAAAUCCUGGCCCUCCUCUGUGUGACAAUCUUUCAAGGGCUUGAAAAGUGCUCUCAUUUCCCCCCUCAAUCUCCUCUUCUCAAGGCUAAAUGUACCGUUCUUUCAGUCUCUCCUCAUAGGGCUUUGUGUCCAAUCCCCUGAUCAUCUUUGUUGCCCUCCUAUGAACCUGUUCCAGUUUGUCUGUGUUCUAGUUUGUCUUAAAGUGUGGUGUCCAGAACUGGACACAAUAUUCAAGAUGAGACAUAGCUAAUGCCGAACAGAGGGGAACUAGUACUUCACAUGAUCUGGAAAUCUUCUGUUAAUGCAGCCUAAAAUAGCAUUUGCCUUUUUUGCAGCCAUAUCACACUGUUGGGUCAUAUUCAGCUUGUGAUCAGCAACAGUCCCAAGAUUCUUCUCACAUGUAGUAUUACUGAGCCAAAUAUCCCCCAUCUUAUUACUGUACAUUCAUUAGUUCUGACUAAAAGCCAGAGCGGAUCCCACUGUCCACUGGGAUGGAGCCACCAGCCACCACUGCUCAAGAGGACAACUCAUCCUGAGAGCCAGGGAUGAGUUAGGAUGAUGUUGGUGGCGAUGGUGACCAAUUGAGGGAACACCCUAGCCAACUCCUAUGCCUUCAAGGGCAAUUUAAUCUGCAGAAAUCAGCAGGUGAGGCUUUUCAUAGCACCGGAAGUUACAUUCAAAGCACCUUUAAAGCACAUGGCUUCCACCCAAAGAAUCCUGGGAGCUGUAGUUUGUUAAGGGUGCUGGGAAUUGUAGCUCUGGGGGGAAACUACAGUUCCCAAGUUCUUGGGAGAAGCCAUCUGCUCCAACUAUAAGCAGAGUUUGAGGCUGCGAAUCAAGCUUUCAGUUAAAAGGCACCAACCACUUGGGAGUAGCUGAAAAUCAGGAACUGAAAUGCAACCAGGCUUGGAGAAAAUAUUAACCUCUCCCUUCCCAUGCCAGAUCCUGGAUGGAAUGGGUUCUAUCCAAUGUUAGGCCUGCUGAGAGUAGAUCCAAUAAAAUUAAUCGACGUGGCUGACUUAGGUCUAUUAAUCUCAUCUAAUUUACUCCUCUAAUUUAGGCUGUUCACACACCACAAAUAUAAAUCACAUUUCUGCCCCCCAAGAAUCCUGGGAACUGUAGUUUGGUAAGGGUGCUGGAAAGACUUAUAGAGGGAGGCAAGAAGAAAUGCAGCCCACCUCCCACUUUUUUACAAGUGGGGAAAUAUGAAAAGAUUUACCCCCUCCUCUCCAUCACCAAAUGUUUUAAGGGAUCUCACGGUCGCAAGAAACUCUCACAAAGGGAUAGAGGCCAAUCACGAUAGCCACCAGUGCCUGGUUGUGGAUUUAAUAAAACAUCAAAUUGUCCAAAAGGGGGGGAAACAGUUAAUAAACUUGUACUGGUUUGUAUAUUUCACUGUUCAAAUCCCUUAAAUGCUAAAGGGGACUUCUAUAAAUUAGCAACUCUCUGGCUCUGGCCGCAUGAACAAUCGAGAGAACGGAAGCAUUUUCAGAAAAUAAAGUAAAAAGCAUGUGUGCUUUUAAGUUUUUAACAUGUCACUGAUGCAAUCCUCGUGCAUUAGCCGUGAAUUUAUACUGGGCCGUCCACAACUUAUUCCACUUUAUUAGCUGCCUUGAGAUGCUUCCUCAGUGUUACUGUAUUAUUGCUGUCUGGAGGGGCACUCUUGCAUUAUAGCAUGACCAUCCCCCCCCCACAAACCCAGAAUAUUUAUGGUAUGAACAAUUACAGGAUUUCAGCAGGAAGCUACGGAUUAGAGAUGAAGCAGCAUGCCCCACCCUGAAACGUUUGCAGGCACAAAUAGUAUUGAAAGUGGGAUCUUGUAUAACCGGGCUGACACCAUCAUG